AUGCGACCAAUACUAUCAGCAACGGGAACUUACAACUUCAAGCUAGCCAAGUGGUUGGAUGAGAAAUUGAAAUUCCUUUCGAUUAACAAGUACACCGUUUCCGACCCACUAAAGUUUGCCGAGGAGAUACGCGAGAAACAAAUGGCUGAGAGCGACAUUCUAGUAUCGUAUGACAUUGCAUCUUUGAGAAAGAAUGGUUCAACUGGAAAUACAACCUAAAGCUUGAGAAAUUCGAACUUGUCGAACUCUUGAAGUUAGCAGUUAAACAUCAGCUAUUCCAAAUCGAUGAUAAGUUAUACGAGCAAGUCGACGGAGUUGCAAUGGGCUCCCCACUUGGUCCACUCAUGGCGAACGCGUUCAUGUGUUCAAUUGAGGAAAAGCUGGUAGAACGCAACCUGAUGCCUUCCUUAUACCACCAGUUUGUUGAUGAUUCCAUCACAUCGCAAAGCAACAUUGCUUCCGCAGAAGCAUUCCUAUCCACCCUCAACAGUCUGCAUGCAUCCCUUCAGUUCACUAUGGAAUUAGAGACCGAUGGUGUAUUACCUUUCUUGGGUACAACCCUAAUUAAUAAGAACGGCCGAGUAGAAACGAAAGUCUACAUCAAGCCAACAAACACUGACCUUAUGUUACAUUAUGAUAGUCAUGUAGACGUGAAGUAUAAGAAAUCGCUCGUCCUGACCAUGCUCAAUCGUGCAUUCCGCCUAUCAUCAUCGUGGAAGCUCUUCACCGAGGAAUGUGAACGCCUGAAGAAAACCUUCGUUCGUCUCAGAUAUCCUAUAUCCCUGCUUGACAACAUCAUAACGAAGUACACUGAACAGAAACGCGAAAGCGACGAUCAUCCAGCCGAGGAAAGGAACACCAAAGAAAACGUGGUACGUGUAAUGCUACCAUUUAAAGACCAGAAAUCAGCAGACUCGGUGAGGCGACAGCUGCGUAACCUCAGCAAGACCAUCGGUAGACAAAUACAACCGGUCUACACAAGCAGAAAGAUUGCCGCAGACUUCCCAGCAGCAGAAACGAAACCACCCCUUGUGAAUCAGCAAUGCGUUGUUUAUUUAUUCAAAUGUGAUCUGUGCGACGCAGAUUAUGUCGGUUACACUUGCCGACACUUACAUCAACGCAUUGAUGAACACAAGUCAUCGGUUGUCGGAGAACAUAUGGUUCAACAGCAUGGCGAGGACGCAAAGAACAUCGGGAAAAACUUUAAGGUAUUGAGAAAAUGUCGGGGAAAGUUCGAGUGUUUGCUCUAUGAAAUGUUAUAUAUUAAAGAUCUUAAACCUAGUUUAAACAAACAAUCGGACUCGAUACGCUCAAAACUAUUUACUUAACAUUCUAUAUUAGCAUAAUUGUUCGUCUAGUUUUGUUUUAUUGUUUGUUAAUUGUUUGUUAUCAAUUUGUAUGUUUAAUUAUUCUAAUUAUGUUAAUUAAGUUUAAAAUUGCAACUGUCAUGUAUGACGAAUUAGUUUGCUUGCGCAAUUAUGUAAACGCUAUUUAUAUUAAUUUAAUCGUUUUCUGUUAUAAUUUGAACUUGAAAAUGAGGUCAAGAUGACUUCGAAACGUCGUUCUUUAAUAAAUUUGUUAUCGCUAUCAUAUUUGUCUAAGUCUAUAUCAAAAAGUUUAUUGAUAAAAAUUUUAAGACGCGAUAAUCAUGAGCAGCUACAAUUGUUCAGGAGACUUGAACAAAGUAGCAAAAAACUGAUCAACAGUCGAUGCGCUGUAGAAUUUCUGGAGUUAUGUCAAUCCUUUGCUCUUACACCUACAUUCGCGAAGGUUUCUAAUCCGAAAGCAACUAUAUGGAAGAAAUCUGCGAAAGAUUUCGAAGAAACCGUGGUUAAAGAAGAGAUUUUACAAAAGAAAACUCAAAUAAAGGCGCAUAGAAAGGAAGUUAUCGAUAUUUAUGAGGAAAUAAAGAGGAAAUCUUCAACACUGAGGUACAUAUGCAUUUUACGUGUCAUGAACAGGCUCAAUAAGGAUUUGUAUCAACGCGUAAUGACGAUUCAUACGCGAAAAAUAUCUAGAAUGCUAUCAAAAGCAACCAAUGUUGAUGAACAUAUUAAAAACAUUUCUUCGUUUAAACUAACAUUCUUCCAAAAGCUCGUGCUAUACAGAGGCUUAAACUUUGCCAUUCCUAGACCUGUGUCAGCGAAGGAUAUACAAGCAUCCUUUGAAAGGGCGUACCGAACACUUGAGCACAACCUAGAUGAGGAUAAGAAAGAACUAACUGUAGCAACGUUACGAUCAAUUGCUCUGAACUAUAUUGAACGGAGAAAUACAUCACCGCCAAAGACGUUGCUUCGAUCGAUAAACCAACUUAAGAAACGAGACGAUAUCGUUAUCACUAAACCAGAUAAAGGAACAGGGGUUGUCGUAAUGGAUAAGUCCGAAUACACCAAGUUGCUAAACGAAGCAUCGAUCAACAACACGGAAAAGUUCAAGAGCGUGAGUUUGGAAAGACCAAAGUCGAGAGGAAGACCUGUCAAAUAUUACCACCCCCUACUUAGAAAAGAAAAAGAGCUCGAAACCGCCGUUAGAAAGAUCCUACCCAAAGAAAUAGCUGACUCAAUUUGCCCAAAAGGUUCCCGCCUCGCACACCUUUACGGUUUACCUAAGACCCAUAAACCUCAGCUAGCAAUGCGACCAAUACUAUCAGCAACGGGAACUUACAACUUCAAGCUAGCCAAGUGGUUGGAUGAGAAAUUGAAAUUCCUUUCGAUUAACAAAUACACCGUUUCCGACCCACUAAAGUUUGCUGAGGAGAUACGCGAGAAACAAAUGGCUGAGAGUGACAUUCUAGUAUCGUAUGAUGUUGCAUCGCUUUUCACCAAUGUACCAGUUGAUGAAACGAUCCAAAUUCUUGCCGACAAAGCGUUUGAGAAAGAAUGGUUCAACUGGAAAUACAACCUAAAGCUUGAGACGAACUCUUGAAGUUAGCAGUUAAACAUCAGCUAUUCCAAAUCGACGGUAAGUUAUACGAGCAAGUCGACGGAGUUGCAAUGGGCUCCCCACUUGGUCCACUCAUGGCGAACGCGUUCAUGUGUUCAAUUGAGGAAAAGCUGGUAGAACGCAACCUGAUGCCUUCCUUAUACCACCGGUUUGUUGAUGAUUCCAUCACAUCGCAAAGCAACAUUGCUUCCGCAGAAGCAUUCCUUUCCACCCUCAACAGUCUGCAUCCAUCCCUUCAGUUCACUAUGGAAUUAGAGAUUUAGAGACCGAUGGUGUAUUACCUUUCCUGGGCACAACCCUAAUUAAUAAGAACGGUCGAGUAGAAACGAAAGUCUACAUCAAGCCAACAAACACUGGCCUUAUGUUAUAUUAUGAUAGUCAUGUAGACGUGAGGUAUAAGAAAUCGCUCGUCCUGACCAUGCUCAAUCGUGCAUUCCGCCUAUCAUCAUCGUGGAAGCCCCCCACCGCGGAAUGUGAACGCCUGAAGAAAACCUUCGUUCGUCUCAGAUAUCCUAUAUCCCUGCUUGACAACAUCAUAACGAAGUACACUGAACAGAAACGCGAAAGCGACGAUCAUCCAGCCGAGGAAAGAAACAUCAAAGAAAACGUGGUACGUGUAAUGCUACCAUUUAAAGACCAGAAAUCAGCAGACUCGGUGAGGCGACAGAUGCGUAACCUCAGCAAGACCAUCGGUAGACAAAUACAACCGGUCUACACAAGCAGAAAGAUUGCCGUAGACUUCCCAGCAGCAGAAACGAAACCACCCCUUGCGAAUCAGCAAUGUGUUGUUUAUUUAUUCAAAUGUGAUCUCUGCGACGCAGAUUAUGUCGGUUACACUUGCCGACACUUACAUCAACGCAUUGAUGAACACAAGUCAUCGGUUGUCGGAGAACAUAUGGUUCAACAGCAUAGCGAGGACGCAAAGAACAUCGGGAAAAACUUUAAG